CUCCCAUUGUCAUCGCCAUCUCAUCAUUUCAAUUCCCAAGCAACAGCUUUCUUCAGGCCCACUAGAGAAACUCCGAGCAAAAUGGCUUCUUCUGGCUUCAGUGCUCAACAAAUCAUCCUCUUGGUAGCUGUAGCUGCCUCUCUUUUGGCAGUCACUCAGGCUGCCACCGUGGUCGUUGGAGGCUCUGAAAACUGGCGCUAUGGUUACAACUACACGGAGUGGGCUGCCAACAAUGCACCGUUUUACUUUGAGGACACCUUAGUGUUCAAAUAUGCGAAGUCCCCAGCUCAUAGCGUUUACUUGCUGCCAAACUUGUGGAGUUACUUGACAUGCGAUUUCAGUAAAGCCAAGCUUUUGGCUAAACCAACUCAAGGGCACGGUGAUGGCUUCGCAUUUGUGCUAAACCAAUGGAGGGUUUUCUACUUUGCUUCUGCUGAAGGUAAUGACUGCAAAGAUGGGCUGAUGAAGCUGAUUAUUGUACCUUGGCCACGUUAUUAAAAUCCUUGAUACAUCACAAACAGAAGGCACAUCACUGUGUUGAUCAGAUCAUCAGUAACAAAAUUGUUCAAUCAUUUGGGAGAGGACCAUCAACCAUGAUUUAACAAUUAUAAUACAUAUCAUCGCUUGAUCAUCUAACUAAAUAAAAUUGUUCAAUGUUAUUAUACAUUUUGUUUUAUUUUUACUUUUGUUUAUUAUACUUUUUAGGAAAAAGUGCUGAAUUAGUGUUUGUUUUUGUUAAACAAAAUGAAUUGUGUUUUUCUUUUUCAUUGUUGAAUGCAUAUCAGAUAUAUGCAAAUGGAGUAUAUUAUUAUACAAAAUAAAAUCUAGUUUUCUUUGUUUACAGUUUCAAUUAGUGCUGAUCCCU